CUAUAUAAGGAGGUGUGUGAAAAAUAUGUAUCAUUAUUCAAUUAGUAUCACAAACAAACAACAAUGGCAUUCAAAGCUAUCGUCCUCUGCGCUACUGCACUCUUUGUCCAGACAGUCUUCAGCCAAUGCCUUGGGCGUAUUGCCGGACCCUUAGCCGGCCGUCCUGCUCUGGCGCUCGACGGUCUCGGUUAUGACGCGUGGGGCUACGACGGUCUCACUGGCUGGAACGCCGGCCGUCUUGGUUGCGGCGCCUACGGACCCGCCAUCGCUCCCGCAGUAGAUAUCGCUGCUGCCAGCACUCUCAACGCCGCCUACGGUGGUGGUCUGCCCGUCGCCACUGCCUCCCCCGCUGCCCCCACCGGCCUCGCUGUCGCCUCUGAGAACGUGUAUGAGGGUGCUGUCGCCGUGGCCGGUAACCUGCCGUUCCUUGGCACCGUCGCUAUGGAGGGAGUGUUCCCGACCGCCGGCGCCGGUGCUGUGUCAUACGGUUGCGGUGACGGUGCUGUCGCCAUCACUGCCGAGGGUCCCAUCUCUGGUCCCGCUGCCAUCGCUCCCGCCAUGGCCCCACUCGGUCUUGCUGCUGUUGGCUCCGCCGCCAUUGCUCCCGCCAUGGCCCCGCUCGGCCUCGCUGCUGCCGCUCCCUUCGGCAUUGCUUCCCGUGGUUGCGGAUGUGGUGGUCCCUACCUUUACUAGAUUACGUAUUACCGGCAUUCUUAAAUAAAUAUGAUAGAACUUAAAA